AUGAAUGUCGUGUCCGCAGUAGUAGCACAAGACAGUCUUCUGGAAUCAUUUAAUCAAGAAAUAUAUCCACUGCUUCACAGCGUAGCUGACUCUGAUCACUUCUCUAAGAUCAAAAUGGCCUUCAAUGAAAGAUGUCCAAAAGAGUCCAAGCAGUGUACACUGAGUUCAUGUACUGUUCCAAAGAUUCAGUUUGAAGGUGUGGAUGGGUAUAUCGAUUUGAGUCGUGUUGUUGAAUCGUUUUCUACUACCUCCCAAGGCUCUUCUGAUGUUUGGAAGGAGAUGUAUUCCCUAGCAAAAAACAACAUAAUCCUAGAGAAAGUACUAAGUGGGCUGCACUUCUCAGUCACAACACACCUAGCCUCGAAACACACUAAAAUACUUAAUUUUUACUUUAGAAAUCCUCUAUUAUUCAAAAAACGAUACAAAAAGGAAUACAGAGAUAAUUUUAUGUUUCUAUACUCGAUAGUUAGAGCCUCGUUGGCGACACUUGCAGUGAAUGCUGGAGAAACAACAGAACCAGCCAAGUUAUUGAGUAUUAAGACAAGAAGGUUAAUGAAAAGAGAAUAUGAAAUAAAAAAGGAUAGAAAUUCAUUUCUCAGUGACGCAACCAACAAGAAAUCACUUUUGGAUGGUAAUUCAGUAAAGGAUGUUGAGCAUUUAGAUGAUGAGAACAUUCUGGAACCGAGCAGUGCAGAAGAAUUCAUGAAUGGUCUUCCAAAGAUAGGAAAGGAAAAUAUUGAAAUAAUAAACGAAAUGGUAAAGCAGGUUGCUUGUCUGCAGUGUCAAAAAUGCAAACUGUGGGGGACCAUCCAGGUCAAGGGGCUUAAGGGUGCAAUCAAGGCCUUAAACCGCAUGCCUCUUUUCAAAAACGAGGUGAUAUGUCUCAUUAACUUAUUUAGACAAAUGAGUAUUACAAUGGUUGAAAGCAAAAGAAUGCUGAAUAUUCAAUUCCCCAUUCUUUAUAUCAUUAUUAUCUGCCACAAACAGAUGUUGAUGCUGACUGUCACUUUACUUGCUCUAACACUUUUACUUCUAAAGCUGAGACGAAAAAGACACUUGAAGACGGAUUGA